AUGCUCACUCUCGACGGUUCGAUGAUUGUAGCCGUCACGGGCAACAUCAGUCCAGAGGGGUUGAUUGCUGGCAUCGUCGUCUCCUCGAACUCAGGUGGGAAAGCUACGAGCAGCUCGACUCCCUCGGAAGGCUAUAUCUCCGUGGACAUACAACCUAGUCUGCCAGUGACAAUUGACUUCGACAACCCACCUAAAUCUAUCCCGACUCUUGAGGAGCACGCAAGAGAUUUGCUUUCUAUCUUCAGGUACAAGGCGGGGCCCGAUAUCGGCGUUGGCAAACUUUGCCGUUGGAUCGUCUUCCACUGCUACCCGAAAAUUGGACAGCGUCUUCAAGGGCUUGCUGUCAACCGAGGGCCCUGGAUGGUGGAUCCUGUCGCGGUCAUGAGCGAGUGGAAGCCAAACGAGGCAGACUUUCGGAGGUUCAAGGAUUACGUGAACGAUCUCCGGGGACAAUGUAACCCAACCAUAAAAGUCGACCCGGUUACUGCCAAUAUCAUCAAGACGGCUGACCUGCUUCCUGACGAAUCGGGUCUGACGUUUGAGUUCAACAUCGAGCUCGCCCCGAAGUGGCUCGGUCUCAUCUCAACCACCAUCAAACGCCUACGGGUACUUAUGGCUGUCGGUACGAACGCGUCGCCCGAGCGUGACGCGCUUUUGAAAGUCGACAAUCUCCUUCGCUUCUUGGGGGCAUUCCUUAAACACCCAGUAUUAAAUUGGCUUUUCACCGCAACUUCCCUAGCGUUUUUCUUCGAGCUCAAUGGUAAAGUUUUGUCUAAGGAAGCUGGCGACGUGCCGGUGGAUGAUGAUGAGGAGCAGGAUUUUCAGAAUGUGAGCAACAACGGUAGACGGGUCUAUCAUCGCAUUCAAACCCUCAUGUCGGAGUUCUGGACUCCGGCUUAUAAGCCGGUUACCUUAUAA